AUGGGGCCGUCAAAGAAGGAGGAGGAUUACAGGAUGCAGGACGCCACCUUUUGCAGCUGCUUCCAUGUGUUCAUGGCGCAAAUAAUCGCCGUCAUCAACAACAACAAAAACAAGAUGGCAGGACAGGAUCAGGACGACAGGAUUGGGGGAGGGGGUUCCAAAGAUGAGUUGAGAGACGUUGACGCUGACGCCAUUAGCACCGAGUUUUGCAGCAUCAACGACAAACUUUAA